GAAUGCAGUUUAGUCGCUCGCGCGAAGUCACCUGAGAAAGACUUGCAAUCCCUGCGGUGCCCGGUUGGACUGUUGGGAUUUUCUCGCUUGUUUCGAUUCCCGUGUAGCCAGUGUCCAGUGUGCGAUUUGUGUUGAAUGAGCACACCGGUGUUGACGGUUUCGCUUACCGUAGGCUUCAAGCUGUUCGCACCCGUUCGCAACGAUAUCCCGGUGGGCCCGGUGCACAGUCACAGGUCGUGACACUUUGGCAAACAAGCUGCUGCUCUAAAGGAAACGCAUAACCAUGCACGGUGGAGGUGUGGACACCGACAAGCAUAACGGUGCCGAUUCGGCCUCGUUGCGUGAGAAGGUUAAGCUGCGGAGAGGAGAAAAAUGGCGAAUCUUGAAAAACAUCAUAACGGUGUCUGUGGCGUUUAUGGUGCAGUUUACCGCCUUCCAGGGAACGGCAAACCUGCAAUCGUCGAUCAACGCCAAAGAAGGUUUGGGUACGGUGUCACUGAGUGCGAUCUAUGCGGCAUUAGUUGUGUCCUGCAUAUUCCUGCCGACGCUCGUGAUUCGCAAGCUCACGGUGAAAUGGACACUGUGCGUCAGCAUGCUCUGCUACGCACCGUACAUUGCCUCGCAGUUCUAUCCAAAGUUCUACACGCUUAUACCAGCCGGCAUACUGCUCGGUUUGGGAGCCGCUCCGAUGUGGGCCAGUAAGGCAACGUACCUGACGCAACUGGGACAGGUGUACGCCAAGCUGACGGAUCAGUCGGUCGAAGCCAUCAUUGUGCGGUUCUUCGGGUUCUUCUUCCUCGCAUGGCAAACGGCUGAGCUGUGGGGCAAUCUGAUUUCCAGCCUGGUGUUGUCCAGUGGAGCGCACGGUGCUGCAGCGACUAUCGAUGGCAGCGAUAAUGGUACGAGCGGCCAUAGUGAUCCAAACCUUGAUAGCUGCGGUGCCAACUUCUGUGUCGUCGAAACGUCCGACAACGCCAAUCUGCAACGGCCUCCAGAUUCGGAAAUUUUUGAAAUCUCUGCCAUCUACUUGUCCUGCAUUAUUGCCGCUGUUAUUAUCGUGGCCGUGUUCCUGGACCCGCUGUCCAGGUAUGGUGAGCGAAGGCGCGGUUCUAUCUCGGCAACGGAGAUAUCUGGCAUGCAACUGCUGUCGGCCACGUUCAAGCAGCUGAAAAAGGCUAACCAGCAGCUGCUCAUUCUGAUUACCGUGUUUAUCGGUAUGGAGCAAGCGUUUAUUGGUGCCGACUUUACCCAGGCCUAUGUAUCCUGCGCGCUCGGUAUCCAUCAGAUCGGCUAUGUGAUGAUCUGUUUCGGCGUGGUCAAUGCGAUAUGCUCCAUCAUCUUUGGUUCUGCUAUGAAGUACAUUGGGCGUGUUGUUAUCAUUAUUCUAGGAGCAAUUGUUCACGGAGGAUGCAUUAUCUAUCUCCUAUACUGGCGACCGCAUCCAGAUCAUCAGAUAGUAUUCUUCAUCCUUUCCGGCCUAUGGGGUAUUGGAGAUGCUGUUUGGCAGACACAAAUUAAUGGUCUUUACGGUGCCUUGUUCCGGCGCAAUAAGGAGGCUGCCUUUUCAAACUAUCGUCUAUGGGAGUCGGUCGGAUUCGUCGUGGCGUACGCCUACUCGACGAAUCUGUGCGCACGCAUGAAGCUGUACCUGCUGUUCGGUGUUUUGGUCUGCGGUAUGGUUGGGUAUACGAUCGUGGAGAUACGUCAGCUGAAGAAGGAGAAACGGUUGAAGCAGCUGGAAGAAAUUCCCAAACAACAGCAAACGGACGCAGACCGGAAAGCUAUCGAGGAUGAUGACGAAAAGGAUGAGCUGGAAGAGGAUAUCGUUGUUACACAUCUCUGACGCCGUUCGGAUAUCUUUUUAACAACAUCUCUUUACAAACAGUUCGAAAACGGUAACUACUGUGUUGCUGUACGAUUGUUACCACUAAUGAAUUUAAUAAGCAUUAUCGUGUAGAAGUUAGUUUACAGAGCGUCGUUCCCAACAUUCUUAGAAACCACCGUGCACUACUAGGCGCACUUCAAGAUGCCAAGAUGGCAGCGGCGGAUCAGCGACUGCACUAAGCACUUUUGUGAAGAACCCGAAAAGGGAAUGUGCCUAGUGCUCAGAGUGCCGGUGUACAUUCGCUCCAGCGGAUGUGCCUGUCUAGAUGGACGCGACAAACAUUAUCUUAUUGUUUAAAGCGCAUGCAUGAGUUUAAAUUGAGUUUGUUAGUGCUAUACGUAAGUUCGUACACGUACGAAAAGUUUGUUAGUAGGAAGGAAGAAGUUCGAAUCCUCUCCGGUGUUUCCAUUAACCAACAAGAGAAAAUCAUCAAAUUCGCAAUAAUGUCCCCCAAACGUACAUUUGUAUAUUGUUUAUCGAGAGAAAAAAUAACGAAACAAGCAAAUCAACAA